AUGCCACAAAUGCUGCACUUGCAGCAAGGAAUUGGACUGCCAGAAUACCCUAUUCUGAAGCAAUUCGACCUUUUUCUCCGGCUUCCGACGGCUAAACAGAAGGGCAACGAGGAAUCUGAUCCUGCAACUGAUCUGGAACAUGGUGCUGGGGAGGCUGCCAAUGUUGGAUUUGGUAGAGUGUUUCUUCUGGCAAAACCUGAUGCUGGGAAGAUAAUUAUUGGGAAUAUAGCAUUGUUAAUAGCAUUCACAACAAACCUUCUCAUACCCAAAUAUGGUGGUAUGAUAAUUGACAUUGUAUCAAGAGACAUAAGGACUCCUGAACAGCAAGCUGAAGCAUGGAAUGCCAUCAAGAACACAGUACUUCUCAUUGUCUCUGUAGUUGUCAUUGGUUCUGUGUCCACAGCAUUUAGAUCUUGGCUAUUUGCAUCCGCCAGUGAAAGGGUAGUUGCUCGGGUGAGGAAGAAUUUAUUCAGUCACCUUAUCCAGCAAGAAAUAGUUUUCUUCGAUGUUACACGCACACGAGAACUCUUGAGUAGGCUAUCUGAGGACACCCAAAUAAUAAAAAGUGCUGCCACCACCUAUCUUUCUGAGGCACUACGUAAUGUAACUACAACAAUGAUUGGCAUUGGAUUCAUGUUCUCAUCUUCCUGGAAGCUAACAUUGCUGGCUUUGGAUGUUGUUCCUGUAAUUUCAGUUGGAGUUCGUCAAUUUGGUCGCUAUCUUUGUGAGUUAUCACAUGCUACUCAAGCAGCAGCUGCAGUUGCAGCCUCGAUUGCUGAGGAAUUAACGUCAGAAAGCCAUAGAGAAAAUUCAGAAUCGUUGCUUCCUUCAACAUCAGGUUUGUCCAAAAGUGAGAAGGACAAAAUUCCAAUUGGCAUUCCAAUGGAGGCUCCUCCAUCAAAUCAUCACUCCUCCCAAGAAGAAAUAGUUCAAAUUGCUGAUAAUUUAGGCCGAAACUCGGCCUCUAAUGUCCUCACAAGUAAAGUGGAAAUAGCAAAAGAGGGGGCACCCCAAAAUGUUGUUGAUCUGAUUUCAAGCCAGACCACCCGUCCGAUCCACAUCAAUGAAGUAAUAGAGCCUUCAGAAGCACAAGAAGACAUUGACAAAGCUGGAAUGCAGCCUCAAAUUGAACUGGAAAACUCAUAUUUGAAUGAUAAUAAGGAUAUGGAUACACAUGGAAUUCAACAUAGAUCGAAUCUCCGACAAGAUACUGAUACUGAAGACAAUAAUUCCGAACUGGACAAAAAGGUGGAACGCAAGGGGGCUGAAGUGAGGAGAUCAUCAUCAAUGCAGAAUCUUCAAUGGGGAAUUAUUUUGCCAACCACUGAAAAAGAAUUUCUGCAACAAGAGAAACAUAGCUCUAACCCUCCAUCUCCGAAAAGGAAAAAUGAAAUGAAGAGGAAAGCGGUCCAACAAGAAAGAGACUUGAUUGAUAAUGAAGCUUGGAAUCUGGACUCACUACAAGGAAUUCUACUCCAGGAUGACAUCAAUGAAAUAGAGAGUAAAGAUGUUACACUAUCAAAUGAAGCUGAUGACUGGAUUUGGCAGAAUGAUACUCUUGGAAAAUUCUCUCUCAAAUCAGCAUUCAAUCACCUGCGGAAAAGACAAGAAUCAUCCCAACAAUGCACUUAUAUAUGGGACAAAAGGCUUCAGCUGAAGAUUUCGAUCUUCAUGUGGCGAUUGCACAACAAGUUACUUCCUUUUGCUGAUGUUUUAAUGAAAACAGGACUGAAUAUUCCCUCUGUGUGUUCUUUAUGCAGGAAUCAUGUUGAAAGCAUUCGGCAUAAUUUCUUUGAAUGUUCUUAUGCUAAACAUUGGAGACAUUUUGGAGCGAUUAUGGUCUUUGCAAACAAUGAAAUUUUGGAUUUUGAUGAUCUUUCAUCUACAUGGUGGACAAGAAGACAAUCUUCAAAGCUGACUUGGAAGCUACAGAUUCUCCUCCCCUCUCUCAUUUGUUGGCACCUGUGGAAAUGUAGGAAUAAAGCUAUUUUGAGUCAACAAUAA